CCCAACCAGUGAACAUCUCUCGGCACACAUACACAUACACAUUAGUGAACCCAAACUUACAGAUCUUGGAUUUGGUGAUUUUUGUGAACUUUUAGACUUAGAGAAUAUAUUGAUAGGUUGAGUGUGUAUGUAUGCAGAUCUUUGAACCCUGUCCUAGGAUGAAGAUAAAGCGAAGACUGCGUUAGAUAAAUCCUCGUGAUCGUUUCCAACUGGGAUCAGAGAAACUGAACUAUAAUGUGAUAAAACUUUAAUAUAUAUCAGAAAAAGAUACUCCUCCUAUACUUAGGAGUACCCAUAGACACAGAUCAGGGACAAAUUUAUCUUGUUCCUAGUUCCACUAAAUUCAUCCGUCCUAGAUUACUUUUGUUUUUAUUUGUUCCUCUUUAACUGAAUUUGUUUCACUGUCGGCAGUUUAUUAGAGAAUAUGGAACAAAAGAAGUAAAUAUAUUUUGCAGACAAUAAACCAGAGGAAUUAUGAGUACUUGGUGUCAAUUAGAGCCCAGUGUGAGCGGAAUUGUUGUGGCUGAUUGGGGGCAAGGUUUACAAUGUUUCCAGGGUCUGGAAGGUUCUUCCAACCAAUCCUAAUGAAAACCUUGAAGACACAGAGCUGGUGACCUGAACGUCAGAAUGUACGGGUAUCGUCAACAUGAAGAGGACUGGGGGCUCCAUCCUCCCUACCACAACCCGUAUGUAUAUCCCAGAUAUCCACGGUAUCCAGUUUAUAGAAGAUAUGAUCGUCCUGGUUGGUAUCCUCCAGGAUUGGUUGAGAUGUACGGGAAUAGAUACUACUAUGAUGAGUUUAGAUCCAACUCUGCGCAUGCUCCUCUACCUCCUCCUACAGACUAUACGUGGAAUCGCCCUACCCGGAGAACUAAAAGUUCGGCUCAUGCUAGACCUCUUCAGUUCCAAGCCGGUUCCCAGUUUCAUCCUCGAGGACGAAUUGAACAUAUUCCGGUUCAGCCUCAGUCCUCAGGAUUUGCGGAGAGGUUCUUAAGUGAUAGUCCCCGGAUAGUGGGUCGGAGAAAGGGAGAAGGAUCCAGACAAUCUAGUAAAAUCAUCAUAGAACCUGAUAUUCAUGAUAAGCAUAGCUUACAUAGUCAAAUAAUAGUCAACAGAACUAGUCAGAGAAACAGUAGGGAGAGUUUAACAUCCUUUAUAUCUAGUCGAAGCAUAGAGAGAAUCAGUCCUACACAUAGGAUACAGGACAAGGAGAGAAUAUGUCCUGAAGAUGCAGUCCUCAGUCAGGACAGAGAUAGUCCAAACCAUAGAGUUUUCAGUUGGGAUAAAAACAGUCAACACCAUAGAAGUUAUAAAAAGGAUCGAGUUAGUUCAAAACAUAGACUUAGUCCGAACCGUUUAAUCUACAGUAGGGAGAGUAGUGAGAAAGAACAAGAGGAGACCUAUAGAGUAAUCAGUGAACUAGUUCCUUCUACCACUAGUAGGAUACAUGAAGCUAUCCUGGAUACUGGUCGACCAGAGGUCGUCCUUGAUGUACAUAAACUAGAACAUGGUGUACAAGGGAAUACAUGUACCUGCUGGCAAUGUACAGGUUCAAGAAAAUCUUCCAAAAGUUCUCUGAUACAAGAUGAGAACAGCAAUAUUAUUCAGCCAGGAUCCAUCCAACCCGGAGGGUUAAGUUCUAGAUCAACUCACGCUGCUCGGCGCCACCUACAGAAAUCUGGAACCUCGGCUCGUCUUCUUACUCAGGCUGAGCUGGUGAAGUUGACCCAGUUUAGGAGAUUCCUACGCUCUAGCAACCUCUCUCAGCUUGAUUUCCUGCUCCGCGUGGAGCAGCUGCGCCGGUCACGUGAUCAGGAGGCUGGUCAGGAGAUAGAUGAGGAGGGGAAAGCAUAUCAAAACGCAAG